ACGGAGUUAACGGAAUGUGACGGCUAGUGACUAACGAUGAAAGGAUUCAUAAAAUUAGUGGCAAUUAAAAAACAAAAGUAAUUCGGAUGAUAAACAUGAAAAUUUUCUAUAAUCUGGAUGACCAAACCUGUAAUUUAGCCUCCAGGGCAUAAACAAAGCUCUUCAGUUUGCCCUCGCCGGCACCCCAAAACGUCGAACGGACUCCAGGGGGUACGAUCGUCAUUCGAUCCUCGCCUUUUCCUUUGCUUCUCAGACAACAUCGAGAAAGCAACGAAUGAGACCUUCCCUAGUCCCUUGAAGAAUCCUCUCUGUCCUCUCCCACAAGCUAACAAUUAGAAGUUCAGUAUUCCUUCACAAGAAAUCUCAGGGCAUUCCCUUACCUUCCAUGGCGACUCUCUCGGCUUACUCCUCUCCCGCCGCCUGGCCCAACGACAACCCUAACCCCGCAGUCCUCCUUCAGCAGGACUCCACCACCGGGGAUGAACAGCAGCAGCUCGAUGAUCCCCAGUCAUACGAUUCCCUUUCUUCAAUCACGCCUCAGGAAAAUCACCAACCAGAUCCACUCCCUCAGUCGCCGCCUUCCAAUCCAACCCCCGUCACCAACUACAGCAGCCCGAUUUCUUCUCCGCCGGAGUCCUCCUCGUCUCCGCCACCGUCCGUCGCCCUGCUACACCUCUCCUUCAAUCAGGACUCCGGGUGCUUCGCCGCGGGCACCGAUCACGGGUUCCGGAUCUACAACUGCGAUCCCUUCCGGGAGAUAUUCCGCCGCGACUUCGACCGCCGGGGCGGCGGGAUCGGGGCGGUGGAGAUGCUUUUCCGCUGCAACAUUCUGGCCCUCGUCGGCGGCGGGGCCGACCCGCAGUACCCGCCCAAUAAAGUUAUGAUCUGGGAUGAUCACCAGAGCCGUUGCAUUGGCGAGCUCUCUUUCCGGUCAGAGGUUCGAGCCGUGAAGCUGCGGCGGGAUAGGAUCGUGGUGGUUUUGGAGCAGAAGAUUUUUGUGUACAAUUUUUCGGAUUUGAAGCUGUUGCAUCAGAUUGAGACGAUCGCCAACCCUAAAGGGCUCUGUGAGGUGUCACACGGGGCGGGUUCGCUUGUCUUGGUCUGCCCGGGCUUGCAGAAGGGUCAAGUUCGGGUUGAGCAUUAUGCCUCGAAGCGGACUAAGUUCGUUAUGGCGCACGACUCCAGGAUUGCUUGUUUUGCUCUCACGCAGGAUGGCCAGUUGCUUGCUACUUGUAGCAGUAAGGGUACCCUCGUAAGGAUUUUCAACACAGCGGACGGCAGUCUUCUUCAAGAGGUGAGGAGGGGUGCAGACAGAGCAGAGAUCUACAGCUUAGCAUUCUCGUCUGCUGCACAAUGGCUAGCAGUUUCUAGUGAUAAAGGAACAGUUCAUGUUUUCAGCCUUAAGUUGAAUCCUGGGGCAAAAAUGAAUGACACUUCACGAGCCAUAACUGAUACAAAUCAUGCCGCUGGCUCUCCUGCUUCAUCCUUAUCCUUCUUCAAAGGUAUUUGCUCUCUGAAACUAGAGCCCCCCCCCCCCCCCCCCCCUGCUUUAAUAGGAGAGACCCCACGACUCUACCUAUCUUCUGCUUGGUCGGUUGCUCAGUUCAGGUUAGUGGAAGGCUCUCAGUACGUUGUUGCCUUCGGUCACCAAAAGAACACGGUGGUCAUUCUCGGGUUCGAUGGAAGCUUCUAUAGAUGUCAGUUCGACCCGGUGAACGGUGGAGAGAUGAAGCAGCUGGAAUAUCACAAUUUUAUGAAGCCAGAAGGUAGCUUCUGAAGGAGGAAAACAAGGUAGCCAGAAGGCUUGUUGCGGAAUGUCUAUACAGUAUAUAUUUCUCUUUCGUUUUUACCUCGUUGGUGUUCUGUCGGCAGAUGGGCGCAUGUUGUAAAUAUAAGCUGUACCUUGUAAAUUAUGUUGAAGGCUUAAAAUGAAAAAGUGACAGGGAAGGAAGGAGCGAAAUCAGCAUCCUGUACGUAUUGUAAAUAACCAGAAACUGUUCUCUUGGUUUUCCCUUGUAAUUAUUUACAGUAGUACCGCUCUCAGGCAAAACUUUAUUUAAGUUAUCUCGGAAAACCAGAAUAAGCAAACAUU